AUGGCGAAGAAAGCGUUGGCCAAGGAUCAGAUCGUCAAGCUCAUCGUGGGCGCUGGCCAGGCCAGCCCCAGUCCCCCGGUCGGUCCGGCCCUGGGUAGUAAAGGUGUGAAGAGUAUGGACUUUUGCAAGGAAUUCAAUGCUCGUACUGCCCACAUCAACCCCGGCGUCCCGGUUCCUGCGCGCGUCACCGUCCGCCCCGAUCGCUCUUUUACUUUCGACCUCCGCACGCCGACAACCACCUGGCUGUUGCUACAAGCUGCCAAUGUGGAACCUCGAAAGAACCGCAUCCGCGGCGCCAUGAACCCCGGCCACGAGACCGUGGGCAAAAUCUCACUGAAACAUGUGUAUGAGAUCGCCACCAUCAAGCAAUCCGAGACGCGACUGUCGGGACUGAGCCUGGAGGGACUGUGUAAGAGCAUUCUUGCCCAGGCCAAGUCCAUUGGCAUCCAGGUUGUGCCAUAG